ACAGGAUUUCUGCUCAGAGAGAGCACCAUGUGCUUGUGGGCGGGCAAGAGACACAGUACAAAGAGGCUUGUCCCUGGGCAGAGGAGCUAGAGGGAGGCAGAGACAGCCUGAGCGCAGAGGCUGAUGGAGACCGCUGCUUCCUCUGGAGCCCUUUGCUUGGAACUGGACAGGAACUGAUGCCUCUGCUGUAUUCUGAUGCUGCACAUAGAAUCAGCAACCUUGGGCUCACCCAUCACUGCCAGCAGAGGUGGCAGCAACUUCCCUGAGCUAGGCUGUUGGUAAGCAAAUCACCUUUUGUUGAAGUGAUUUUGGAGAUCCACAUUGCAGGAAGCUCCUGGCAGCGGAAUCCAGAACUAGAACAAAAGCAGAGGCCAUUGUGAAGACAGAAGAUGCCUAGGUAAGAGCACAACUGCCUGCAUGCAGUGAAAUCCCAGUUAAUAAGCCUGGAGAUGGAAUAGCUCAGAUAGGAAAAACAACACACAAUUUUCCUCAGCACACGUUCACUCAGCGGACUUAGAGAUGGCUAGAGCCUGCUUACUGCUCCUGCUUCUGAAGAUGUGUGGAAUCAACACGGAGGAGGAAACAAAGAUCCCCUGGGGUUGGAAAGCCCCAUGGAAAAGAAACAACACUCAGGUCUCAAGUGAAGAUUGGAAGCAACGACUGCCCCAAAGCAUAAUUAUUGGAGUGCGGAAAGGAGGCACACGGGCCCUGCUGGAGAUGCUGAGUCUGCACCCCCAGGUGGCAGCUGCCCAUUCCGAGGUGCAUUUCUUCAAUGUGGAGGAGAAUUACCGCAAAGGACUUGGUUGGUACAGUCAGCAGAUGCCUAUUUCACACACCACUCAAAUCACCGUGGAAAAGACACCAGGCUAUUUUUCAUCUCUCAAAGCCCCGGAAAGGAUCCAUGCUAUGGACAACUCAAUGAAGCUCCUGCUGAUUGUACGGGACCCUGUGGAAAGGUUGGUGUCUGAUUACACACAAAUCCUUCACAACCGCAAGGCACGGCACAAGCCCUACCAAGCUCUAGAGCACAUUCUCUUGAGGCAGGGCCAGGAACUUAACACCCGGUACAAAGCCAUGCAGCGCAGCCUGUAUGCCUUACACCUGGCUCGGUGGCUGGAGUUCUUUCCCCGGUCACAGAUUCACGUGGUGGAUGGAGGCACCCUGAUCCGGGAGCCUCUCUCAGAGAUGCGCCACGUAGAGCACUUCUUGGGACUGGAGCCUUACCUUGGCCCAGACAACUUUUACUUCAACCAGACCAAGGGCUUCUACUGCCUACAAGCAAAGGGGUAUCAGCACUGCCUAGACCAAUCCAAAGGACGACCUCAUCCCACCAUUGAUGAAGUACUGCUUGAGCAACUCUGCACCUACUUCAGUGAGCACAACGAGAACUUCUUUGCCAUGGUGGGUCGAACGUUCAACUGGUGCUAAGUUCUGCUUUGGGGCUUACAGGGGUGCUCUGUUGGGACAGAGGAAAAUCAGAGAAUGGCCUCCAGAUGUUUAGAAAAAGUUUUUUGUGGUAGAGGUCUGUACUCUCUUCUUUUGACUGGGCUGGGAAAAGAGCUCUAUCAAUAUGGGCUUUGCUCAGUGGUACACAUGUUUAGAGAAAAACAGCACAACAGAAGUAGCUUUCACACUGGAGACUGGAAAGAGAGCUUUGACAAAAAAAAUUCACAGCAAGUGGAGCUAUAUCCUCUGCAGCUGUGUGCCCAGGAAAUGCUAUAUUCUAGGCCAGCCUUCCCCAAGCUGGUGCCCUCCAGAUGCUUUGAACUACAACUCCUAUUAUCCCUCACCGCUAGCCAUGCUGGCUGAGGCUAGUGGGAACUGCAGUCCAAAAUAUAAUCCACAUCUUGUUUGGCGUCUAUUCCCAGCAAUUGUGUGAAAAAAGGGUGAAAAGCCAUCUGUUCUCAGCGUUUACUGCCUCUCCAAUAUUCCCACAACACAACCAGCUGCAGGAACUUUUGUUCCAUCCACUUAAUGCCCAACACCUGAAAGCCAAGUAAUUCCUUUUCUGUUCAACAUAGGGCAGCAGUUCCAAAGACAAGAGUUCCUGAAGUACAGUACUGUACUCCGUAAGAUCUGACUUGUGUAACUGAAUACAGGACAGAUAAGUCUGAUAUACCCAUUUGGAUAUCUUGAAUCUAUUAUAAAUAUAUCAAGUCCUUAUAGUCAGCCCAUCAACUAGAAUAAAGGGCAAUUUUCAUUUCAAUCCACUCUCCUCUCAUUGAUUCACAUACAUAAGUCUUCCUUCCUUCUCUAUCUGCUUAGAAAAAGUCCUUUCUAAUAGAAAUGCAUUCACUGACAAGAUAUAAUCUGUCAAGAAAGAAUGAGCAUGCUCAAUGAGGGAAUAUAGAGAAGUGUCAAAUAUACAGUGGUGAUUAGGGUAGGCCAAGAGUACCAAGGAUGUCACUUGCACGUAACUAACUGGCCCAGUUACAGCCUUCAGUACCAAGUGUGCUGCACCACUUUAUUUUCUUUCCUCUACCAUUGUGCUUACUCUAUUAUGGCACAGCUUCUAGCAAAGGGGCAACUGAAAUAAAACCAGGUCCAAUUCACUGGCUUCUUUUGUUGGCACAUGCAUGCUAAAAUAAACUAGGCUUUGUUUGUCCAACAUCCAUCCAUAUUACUAAUGACCAAAACUCCCAAUCUCAUAUUUUAUUCAUAUGAACAACUGCAGAAGAAUGUAAGAACCUGCUGUAUCAGGCCAAUAGCCCCUCUAGUCCAGCAUCCUGUUCUAAGUGGCCAACCAGACGUCUGUAGGGUAUCUUCAAGCAGGACACAAGCACAAGAACACUCCCCGCCUCCUGUCGUUUCCAGCAACCGGGAUUUAGAAGCUUUACUAUCUCUGGCUAUGGAGACAGAGCACAGCCAUGGUGCCUAGUAACCAUUGAUAGCCUUGCCCUAUGUAUCACCCACCUAAACCAUUAUUUGCCUUAUCCAGCAAUUUGGCAAUUGUUUAAAAAAAGAACAGGAUACAAUGGACAGAAAUUCAUGAAAGCCAUGCACAUCACUAACAGGAAUAGAUAAACAAUCAGAGUCCUAUAUAACUGAGAAUAAUUGAGCCUCAUUCAUUUCCUACAAUGCCCUAGCUUAAAGGUUACAACAUGUAUAUAUAUAUGUCAGAGUGAGUGUGAAUGUUUGUCCCAAUCUGAAACAAUAAUCCCAGGAUACAGAUUGAGAACUGAUUCAGGCAUGCCAAGAACCUGGAAGGCACUCAAGCAAAUACACGAGAAUAGGAUUGGAGACCUUCCACUUAUUAUUAUUUGUCACCAUAUUGCCUGAAAUUGCACUGUAUGAAGCAGUCCUAACAAGAGCUAAAAACAUUACAGUAGUUUAUUAGUUCUCCAACCUUACUCUUAUGCACAGCCAGCCCAAGAACUACUACACAAAGGGCUCAAAUCACACACUGACAAGGUUGCUAAUAAAAGCAUGGCAGCGCUGCUGGUUUAGCACCGUGUUACAGAAAACUUUGUACAUUAUAGCACAACAAGGCAUUGACACUGAAGCAAGUGAUUGUGCUAGCUCAAGGACACAGCAUAAUUCAGCGCAAGGCAACCAACCCAUGGGCAGUUCCCCAGCUGAGGGCAGAAAAGAUGCAUUUUGGCUUCUUCCUACUAUACACAUCACCACACCUUUCCCAUUAUCACACCGUUCACAUGUUCAGACAGUACUUCUAUCCUGGGGCCAGGGCGGGGGAGAGCUUUAGCAGCCUCAGUUGCAUUAAACUCUGUAUAUUCUACUAAGUUUAAAUUAAAUGCCGGACUUAGAUAAUUGUGGUAGCUGUAUUAGAUCAACAACAAUCAAUCAGCUAGAGAACACAGAAGUUAACUAUGAACACGGCCACCAUUAAAGUCUAUAAUUUGGAAAUAUUUUAUUUUAUUUUAAAAUCUCUAAUAGGAUAUUAGGGCACUGAUCUUUUUGCUGCAAUGACCCUUUUACCCCAGAAUGAUACACAAGAACAAGUUUUGUAAAAAAUGGUUUUAUCAGUUCCAUUUUUGUAUAAAACACAUGGGAGAAACCUAGCCAAUCAACACACAAAUUGCUGCCACGUAACAAGGUACUUUUGUGUCAAACUUUGAAUCUAAAGAACAUACAAAUGUUUUAAGUCUACAGUCAAUUGUCUAUGCUCUUCCAUUUAACUAUUUUUUUUAAAAAAUUCCACAUAUCCCCAUAUUUCUUCUGUCCCAGUUACAGUACAAUGACAGGGAGGAAGAGGGCUGUUUAAAACUCCUCUCUAUGCAGUUUUCUGCUGCCCCUUCUUUCCAAUCAGAGACUUGUGGAUGUGAGGAAUUACACCUGUAAAGAGAAUAAUGGAUUAGAACUGAAGAAUACACAAUAGUUCAGCACUCAUAUCAAUACAUUCUCAAAUAACAUAUUUUGCUAACUCUGUUAGAACUAUGCUUACCAAACCCUUCAAUAAAAAUCCACUUGAACACACUAAGAGGAGAACUGGGGUGCAGCUAUGUAGCUGUAUUAGAUCAAAUGUUGACUCAAGGCCUAAUUUUCUUGUUACAAAAACAACUAAAUGGUGCCAUACAGAGUUACUAUACUCUGGGGUGUGGGUGGGGAGAAGGAGGGAAUAAUCUGGAUUGUGUUCUUCAGGUUAGGUUCCCUCAUGUUACCAAGAUGGAUGUGAAGAUUUACUGGGACAUACUGAGAAGCGGAACUGUAUUCCCUGGCCUGGUUUGGAGCCUCAAUUAAAGAGUUAUAAAUGACUGGGGAGGAGUACUUAGAAUGCUCACC